CUUUAUAAUCGGUAGUUUGGAACAGUAGAAGUGUGGGUUUCCCCAAUUAUUUUAGUAGGGUUUUUGUGGAGCAGAUAGCGUUACUGGUUACAAUUUCUAUCGACAAGUCUUUCAAUUUCCCCCUUUUUUUUUCUCUUGUUUUUGGUUGCGCUGAUUCUAUCGGAAGCAUGGGAAGAAAUGUCGUCUCAGAUGAAGAAGAUGAGUUGGAGGUCGACGAGGAAGGAGAGCCCAUUGAAGGAGAAGGUCUCAAUGAACGUGACCCUGACGAGGAGGAUGAGGAUGAUGAAGAAGGUCAAGAUGAGUAUGAGAAUGAUGGAUUCAUAGUUGAUGAUGUGGAGGAUGAAGAGGUAGAUGAAGAUGAAGAGAGGGAAGAUAGCGACGAGGAGAGGAGGAAGAAAAAGAAGAAAAGAAAGAAGAAGGAAGCUGAGGACCUUGAUGAAGAUGACUAUGAGCUGCUCCGGGAGAAUGAUGUUAAUGUACCAAAGGGAAGCAAGAAAUUUAAGCGUUUGAAAAAGGCUCGUAGAGAUUUCGAUGAGGCUCAGUUUGGACUAUCCGAUGACGAGUUUGAUGGAAGCAUGAAGGGGGGUGCAACUGCUGAAGAAAAGCUUAAGCGUACUCUAUUUGGUGACGAUGAUGGACAACCACUUGAAGAUAUUGCUGAAGAUGAAGAGCCCAUAGAAGAGGAAGAAGAUGGAGAUAUGGGUGAAGAAGAUGAAAUGGCAGACUUUAUUGUAGAAGAAGAUGAGGAGCAUGGAGCUUCUGUUAGACGGAAGAAGAUGAAGAAUAAGAAGUCGAGACAUGCACCAGAUGUGUCAUCAUCUGCUUUAAAGGAAGCUAUAGAUAUCUUUGGUGAUGUGGAUGAACUCCUGCUGCUACGGAAACAGGGCUUAGAUUCUGUUGAGCAGAAAGAAGGGAAACUUGAAGAUCAAUUUGAACCUACUGUUCUCUCUGAAAAGUACAUGACUGAAAAGGAUGACCAAAUUCGAAUGACUGAUAUUCCAGAAAGAAUGCAGAUUUCGGAAGAAAGCACCGGCCCUCCUCCAAUAGAUGAACUCAGCAUAAUUGAAGAGAGCACCUGGAUAUAUAACCAACUUAUAAAUGGUGCUGUACCAUUAUUUGGUAUAGAAAGGAAGGAUCAUUUUAUAGACAAGGAUGACAUUAUGAGAUUUUUGGAUCUCACACAUGUGCAGAAAUUAGAUAUUCCCUUUAUUGCAAUGUAUCGCAAGGAGCAGUGCCUUAGUCUGCUACAAGAUCCCGAGCAACACGAGGAUAAUGAUAUUGAUCUGGAUAAAUGUGAGAAAGCUCCUACAAUAAAGUGGCACAGGGUACUUUGGGCAAUUCAGGACCUUGACCGAAAAUGGCUGCUGCUUCAAAAGAGAAAGAGUGGUCUCCAGUCACACUAUAAUAAGCGGUUUGAAGAAGAAUCUCGUCGGAUAUAUGAUGAAACAAGACUUAACUUGAACCAACAGCUUUUUGAGUCAAUUCUUAAAGAUCUCAAGGGUGCAGAGUCAGAAAGGGAAGUCGAUGAUGUUGAUGCCAAGUUUAACUUGCAUUUCCCACCUGGGGAGGUUGGUGUUGAUGAAGGUCAAUAUAAGAGGCCCAAGAGGAGAUCUCAAUAUAGUAUUUGCAAUAAGGCUGGCCUGUGGGAGGUUGCAAGCAAGUUUGGAUACAGCGCAGAGCAACUUGGGGCGCAUCUAUCUCUGGAAAAGAUGGAAGAUGAGUUUGAAGAUGCAAAAGAGACACCCGAGGAGAUUGCUUCAAACUUUACAUGUGCUAUGUUUGAGACUCCACAAGCUGUCCUUAAAGGAGCAAGGCAUAUGGCUGUGGUUGAGAUUAGCUGUGAGCCUUCUGUCAAGAGAUGUGUUCGCAAUAUCUUUAUGGAUCAUGCUGUAGUAUCAACCAGCCCUACUCCUGAUGGAAAAAUAGCCAUUGAUUCUUUCCAUCAGUUUGGCGGUGUGAAGUGGUUGCGUGAAAAACCCUUGAUCAGAUUUGAUGAUGCUCAAUGGCUCCUUAUCCAGAAGGCUGAAGAGGAGAAGCUUCUUGAAGUAACUAUUAAGCUGCCUGAAAAAAAUCUUAACAAUUUGAUUAAAGAAUGUAACGAAAAUUAUCUUAGUAAUGGCGUUAGCAAAUCUGCUCAACAAUGGAAUGAGCAGAGAAAGCUGAUACUACAUGAUGCUCUUUUUGGUUUUCUUUUGCCCUCAAUGGAGAAAGAAGCAAGGUCCUUGUUGGCGAGUCGAGCUAAGAACUGGUUACUUUUGGAGUAUGGCAAGGACUUGUGGAAUAAAGUUUCUGUGGGGCCUUAUCAAAGGAAAGAAAAUGAUGUUAAUUCCGAUGAGGAAACUGCUCCGCGAGUCAUGGCUUGCUGUUGGGGCCCCGGGAAGCCAGCAACCACUUUUGUGAUGUUGGAUUCAUCUGGGGAGGUGCUUGAUGUGCUUUAUACUGCUAAUCUUACAUUGCGGUCUCAAAAUGUGCAUGACCAGCAACACAAAAAAAAUGACCAGCAACGUGUUUUAAAGUUCAUGACUGAUCAUCAACCACAUGUUGUUGUUCUUGGAGCUGUUAAUUUGUCUUGUACUCGUUUGAAGGAUGAUAUCUAUGAGAUUAUUUUUAAGAUGGUGGAGGAAAAUCCUAGAGAUGUUGGGCAUGAAAUGGAUGAGCUGAGCAUUGUGUAUGGGGAUGAAUCUCUACCCCGGCUCUAUGAAAAUUCUAGGAUUUCGUCAGAUCAGCUCCCUGGUCAGUCAGGCAUUGUUAGGCGGGCUGUUGGGCUUGGGCGCUAUCUCCAAAAUCCGUUAGCGAUGGUUGCCACUUUGUGUGGACCAGGGAAGGAGAUACUCUCCUGGAAGCUUAAUCCUCUGGAAAACUUUCUCACAGCUGAUGAGAAGUAUAAUUUGGUUGAACAGGUUUUGGUUGAUGUCACAAACCAGGUGGGCCUUGAUGCUAAUUUGGCUGCAAGUCAUGAGUGGUGGUUUGCACCUUUGCAAUUCAUUUCUGGUCUUGGGCCUAGAAAGGCGGCAUCACUGCAGAGAUCACUGGUAAGAGUCGGAACAAUUUUUACGAGGAAGGACUUUCUGUCUACCCAUGGACUUGAUAGGAGGGUGUUUGUCAAUGCGGUAGCCUUUCUGCGUGUCAGACGAAGUGGGCUUGCUGCCAACAGCAGCCAGUUCAUUGAUUUGUUGGAUGACUCUAGAAUACAUCCGGAAUCUUAUCUUGUUGCCCAAGAGUUGGCCAAAGAUGUUUAUGAUGAGGAUCUUAAGGGCGACAAUGACGAUGAGGAUGCAUUGGAGAUGGCAAUAGAACAUGUUAGGGAUCGGCCUGGUUUGUUGAGAAGGCUUCGAAUUGAUAACUAUCUUAAAAGCAAAAGCAAGGAGCGGCAAAGUAAGAGGGAGACCUUUUAUGAUAUAAAAAGGGAAUUAAUUCAGGGUUUCCAGGAUUGGCGUAAACCGUAUAAGGAGCCAAAUCAGGAUGAGGAGUUCUUCAUGAUUUCAGGUGAAACUGAGGAUACCCUUGCAGAAGGCCGAAUUGUGCAAGCUACGGUACGCAGAGUGCAAGGAGGGCGAGCUAUAUGUGCACUUGAAUCUGGAUUGACUGGGAUGAUUAUGAAAGAAGACUAUGCAGAUGAUUGGAGAGAUAUGGUCGAGUUAUCUGACAGGCUGCAUGAAGGUGACAUACUGACCUGUAAGAUUAAAUCAAUUCAGAAGAAUAGGUAUCAGGUGUUCCUGGUUUGCAAAGAUAGUGAGAUGAGAAGCAAUCGACACCAGCAUGUCCAGAACCUGGAUCCCUACUACCAUGAGGAGCAAAGUAGCCUACAAAGUGAGGAGGAGAAAGCUCGUAAAAAGAAGGAGCUGGCAAAGAAGCAUUUUAAGCCCAGGAUGAUUGUCCAUCCACGCUUUCAAAAUAUUACUGCUGAUGAAGCUAUGGCGUAUUUAUCUGACAAGGAGCCUGGAGAAAGUAUUGUCCGUCCCAGUUCUCGUGGACCUUCUUAUUUGACUUUAACUCUCAAAGUUUAUGACGGUGUUUAUGCUCACAAAGAUAUAGUUGAAGGUGGAAAAGAACACAAGGACGUCACCAGUCUGCUUCGCAUUGGGAAGACAUUAAAACUUGGGGAAGACACUUUCGAAGACUUGGAUGAGGUAAUGGAUCGGUAUGUUGAUCCCCUUGUUUCUCAUCUGAAGGCAAUGCUGAGUUAUCGUAAGUUCAGGAGGGGAACUAAAGCAGAGGUUGAUGAGCUUUUAAGGAUUGAGAAAUCAGAGUAUCCUAUGAGGAUUGUGUAUUGUUUCGGCAUUUCUCAUGAACAUCCAGGCACUUUCAUUCUUUCUUAUAUACGGAGUACAAAUCCGCAUCAUGAGUAUGUCGGCUUAUAUCCCAAGGGAUUCAAGUUCAGGAAAAGGAUGUUUGAGGACAUUGAUCGUCUAGUUGCAUAUUUCCAGAGGCAUAUUGAUGAUCCACAACAGGAGUCGGCUCAAUCAAUUAGAUCAGUUGCAGCGAUGGUACCAAUGCGGAGCCCUGCUGCUGGAGGUUCUGCAGGGGCAUCUACUGGUGGUAGUUGGGGUGGUUCAACCAAUGAAGUUGGUUGGAGAGGCCAAUCUUUUGACAGGGGUCAAUCUUCCACCCCAGGGUCAAGAACAGGCCGAAACGAUUACAGAAAUAGCAGUAGCCGAGAUGGGCAUCCAAGUGGUGUACCACGGCCCUAUGGUGGGCGUGGACGUGGUAGGGGUUCAUACAACAGCAGCAGAGGUCAUAACGAGGGGCAGGAUUCAUCAUACAGCGAAACUACGAAACGGGAUUCAGUUAACAAGAGAGGAGAAGAUAGCUGGGGUAAUUUCCCAGGUGCUAAAGUUCAAAACUCUCCAGGUAGGGAAGCUUUCCCUGGUGGCUGGAGUGGUAGUGCUGGAACCGAAAGUGGAAGUGGGAGUGUUUGGCAAUGACUGACGAUGACGAUUCGUCCACAAACGUAACCACCGUGGCGUAGGUGGUUGGUGAAGACUGAAGAGGUGAGCAAUGUAUAACCUUGGUAGGUGCAGGGUUUGGUUUUGAAUUAAGUGUUGGAUUUGCUGACUGAAUAAUACAUUGAAAACAUGUACUUCAUAGCAUGUAUAUGUAAUGUUAUCCAUGUACCGAUUAAACGCUUGAGUGACUAAAUGACAUGUUGAAU